AGGGAGAUUUCAGCCGCUUCUCCUCCUCUUCCUCCUCCUCCUCCUCCUCCUCGGCUCCCAAAGUCAAGCGCGAAAUCGUGGCCCGGAGCUUCGUGCAACCGCUCUGCUGCCGGCGCGGGGAGCGAAUCUUGGAGAUGCCAGGAUCAUUUCUUGUUUUAUUUUCAUGGUGGCAAUAAAAUAUCCUUACCGCCCCCUGCCAACCUGGACUAAUGAAUCUGCAGGAUAAAACAGAACUCUGUAUCGUGUAAACGAGCUGAUGGAUGAAGAUGAGAAGGACAGGGCAAAGAGGGCGUCACGCAACAAAUCAGAGAAGAAAAGAAGAGACCAGUUCAAUGUCCUCAUUAAGGAACUGUGCACUAUGCUCCAAGGACAUGGACACCCUCUCAAGAUGGACAAGUCCACCAUCUUACAGAGGACUAUCGAUUUUUUACAGAAGCAAAAAGAAAUCUCAGCCCAGACCGAAGCCUGUGAGAUUAGACAGGACUGGAAACCCUCAUUCCUUAGCAACGAAGAAUUCACGCAGUUGAUGUUGGAGGCAUUAGAUGGGUUUCUCAUUGCACUAACCACUGAUGGGAUUAUUAUUUAUGUAUCGGAUAGCGUCUCUUCGCUCCUUGGUCAUUUACCGUCAGAUUUGGUGGACCAAAAUAUAUUAAAUUUCCUACCUGAGUGUGAACAGAACAAUGUGUACAAGGAACUUUCGGCCCAAAUGCUUGUGACCAACUCAGUGACCUCUGAUUUUCUAAACGCUGAAAAACAGAUCGAGUUUUGCUGCCACUUAGCCCGAGGAAACUUGGAUCCGAACGAGCCCGUUACCUACGAAUAUGUCAAAUUUGUGGUGGAUUUCAAACGGUUUUCCCAUGUGCCUGCGUCGUCCUUCAACGGCUUCGAGUCCCCCGUGGCACGUGCGUUCCGAUCAGUCAGUGACACCCAGGUCUGUCUAGUCGCAACCGUCCGUCUCAUUACUCCACAGUUCUUGAAGGAACUUUGUAAUGUGGAAGAAUCCUGUGAAGAAUUCACCUCACGGCACAGCCUGGAAUGGAAGUUUUUGUUUUUGGAUCACAGAGCUCCACCAAUAAUUGGCUACUUGCCCUUUGAGGUUCUUGGGACAUCUGGUUAUGACUACUAUCACGCGGAUGAUUUGGAACUUCUUGCUAGGUGCCAUGAACACCUGAUGCAAUUUGGCAAAGGCAAGUCCUGCUACUACAGAUUCUUGACCAAAGGCCAGCAGUGGAUAUGGUUACAGACCCAUUAUUACAUCACCUACCACCAGUGGAACUCCAAACCUGAGUUCAUUGUGUGCACUCACACGGUUGUUAGCUAUGCUGAGGUUCGAGCGGAAAGGAGGAGGGACGUUGGCCUGGAGGAAUCUUCCAUUGAACUGGCCUCUUCAUCCUUAAAGAGUCAAAGGGAUUAUAUCAACACCCGACAAUGCGUGCCCGCUAACCAAGAAGUCAGUCAUGAAGGGGUAUCCAUGUCUUCUCACAGCUCCCGCCGAUCUUCGCACACAGCGCUCUCCGACUCUGCAUCUACAUCAUCCAUGCGACACACCGAUGCCAGCACUCCGACAUGGCAAUCCUUAUCAUUGGGGCCAUCAGACAAGGUCUCCUUACGGCUUGCGUCAGGUGGCAACACCCAGGGCAUCAUAACUCCCUCGGACCAUCUUGUGCCGCACCACAUGACGCAGCCGGCGGUCCCUGCGCAACAAACAUUGAUGCCAGGCUACCAUUUCCCAACGCAAAUGGGAAUGAUGCACCAGCUCAAGGAACAGCUGGAGGAGCGGACGCGCAUCCUGCAAGCUGACAUUAAGACGCAGCAAGAGGAACUGCACGUAAUCAAGGAGCAGCUGCAGCUUGUGCAAGACUCCAAUUUGCAGAUGUUCAUGCAACAGUCCAUGCCUGUGGUCUUCAGCACCGUGCAGUCCCAACCGAGCCCAAGGCGGCAACCAACGGGAGCAACCUUAGGGACCAGGCCAGCUGCACCCAAGAAGUCCCAACAGCAGCAGAGCAUCAUGGGAUCAAAGCAGUUUGGCGGUGCUCCCUUGGCCUCCCAGCCAUCCUUCCUCAUGGAACCUUGUGUCACAUCAACCCAGGGGCAACCACAACAACGAAAACACGUUGUGAGAGGAAGCCAGAUCAAACCGGUGUGCAUGCCCAUUCAGAUGAGCAUUUCCCUACCCGUCUACAACAACCCUAUGGUCUUUACUCAAACCCACCCUCUCCCCGUGCCUUCUCCAAUGCCACCCGAACUGGGUGAGAGGCCACAACCACCUGAUUACAACCAAGAAGGAAACUUAAGGAUGUUGUUAGAUCAACCUGUGCAGUCAUUGAUGUCCAGCACGAGUGGGAACAGUCAGACCUCCCAAAGCAACACUAGUAGACAGCAGACCAAGUUUACCCAAGAGCCACAGAGUCUGCCUUCCGCCAUCCAGAUGCAACCCGUCACGUGCACGGCCAUCCGAGCCUCUAUCCCGUCUCCUGGCUUCACCCCUUCUCUGAUGAUGCCCCAACCCAGCGUGACUGUCCCACAGAGCCAUCCAGCUGGCACCCUCCACCAGUGGACGCCGCAGCCUGUUCAACAACAUCACCUUUACCUCCAGAUGCCAAGCGCAGCUGAACCGGGGCAGAACCAGCACUUAUUCCAGCAACCUCCCUUACCUCAACAGACUGCCACCCUGGGUUACUUCCACCACCCGCAGCCCCCCAGCCAUCACCUACAAGGGCAGCCAUGCAGCCUACAAGACUUGCCUGAAAUGCAGCUGCCUUGAGGUUCUCCAAGGAGAGGUGGUCACCACGUUUCCCUCAUGGAGGGCCGCGAAUCCUGAGCACCGAGUAAGAGAGCUUGGUUCCUCCUCAGAAGGCUGCAAGGCCGACCAUGAGAAGGAUGGAGAAGGAGCGGAGAGCUACAAGCUGGCAUCCUUUCUGCUUAGGAAACCGACUCCGCAGCCCAAAAGGCAGAUAGCCUUGGCUGUUCAACCUUCCCAGCUCCAUAAGCGCAGGGAGGAAAGAUUAAGGGAGUUAAAGUUUGCUUCAGGAACUGUCCGUCAAUGUUAAGUUUGACAAGCAGACUAGAAUUAGGAGCUGGCAUGGACAAGAAACCGGCAUGACCAGAAUGGCGGAAACUCAAGGACUUGCAAGAAAUCACCAUCCUAAUAAUUGCAACUAGGUUUGCAUGUAGCCGAGCCACAAUAUAUAUAUAUUCAUACGGUGGGUGGAUUUUAGCUUGCAAGUCCUUUGAGUUGCUACCAGGAUAUUUUUGAUGCUGAUAAAUUUGGACCCCAAGAGGUGGUUUUUGAAAAGCGUUUGCUGCCAGAGAGAUCACAGCCAGUCCUGGCCUGAUUGCUUGUUCAAGUGUGCAAUUGAUAUAUUUUAGAUUUGCAAUUUCCUUGCGGCUCAAUUCCGCCCCCUGCCCCCCCCCCCCAUCUGGACUUAUCUUUUGGAUAAUCGAGCGAUGCUGCUACCGUUUUAUGAAAACCAACCACUUUUGGCCUGAAUUCUUUCCUCGUACACCAGCUCCUUUCGAUCUUUUGAGUUGCCUGUAAAAAAGAGUCCAUUGGGUUUUUAUUUUAUUACAAAAUGGAGAUAUUUUUUUUUAAAGAAAAAAAAAUCUUUUAUCUAGCUCAACUCCCCGAUGAACCAAAUAGGGUGCAAAAUCUUUUAUUUAUUUUUUUCCUCCUCUGGUUGACUUGCAUUUUGUUUUGGAGAAAUAUCUUGUCACCCAGAGAGAGAGAGAAAAAAAGGCAAACUUUAUGGUUUUGCUGUUAAAAGAGUUUGGCAAAGUGGAAUCUUGAUCUAAGAGUCAGUAGGGUUAACAAUAAAAUGUAUUUUUUUGUAAAUGGUCGGUUUUUUUAAAAAAAACCCCGUGUUUAUAUAUUUAUGAACUUUUUUUAAAAAAAGAACGUUUUUUUUAAUUCCUCCGUGGUGAGAAAACACCAAAGCAUCCUUUAUUGUCUCUUUUUUUGCAAAAGAAAUGACUUAUAAUUUGCAAGGGGCAUUUAAAAAAAAAAAAGACUUGCAACUUACUUUGGCUUACACAUUUUAUUCUUUAGUCUUUCCAGCUUGUUCCUCUUUUUGGGAUGUGAAAAUUUCACCUGCUGCUGUUAGUGCAAAGUUGUUUUCACAAGUGCAGUGUUAGGAGGCAGUUUGUUUAAUAAUAGUUCAGGGUCAUACAUUUGAAAAAA